AUGGUUAUGAAUUUGGUUAGGAUGACGGUAAUGGAUUUGGCUUUGGCUUUGUGGGAAGUCAGAGCUGCAGCCUCCCUAGUUGAAGCUCUUCAAGAAUCUGAAACGAAGCCAUCAGUUAGAAUCAUCAAUGAAUCUUCUUUUCAUCUUGAUCGUAACCAAAGCUAUGUUGACAUGAUAGCAGAAAAGAAUUUAAGCAUAAAGGGUUACAUGUACAAGCUAUGGUGUUUGGCUCGUGCAGCCGGAAUUAGAUAUUGCGUUCUUCACUAUCUUUUAAGGAGGUUUGAGAGGCCAGACAGCAGAAAUCGUUGGGAUUCUCCAUUGUUUGAGUUAUGGUCUUCAAGAGAUGGAAUUGAAAACUCCUCUGCUGCUAUAGUGGAUGCUAUCAUGUACCUGACGAAGAAGGUCGACUCGAAAACAAGGGAUGUCAAAGUUUUACAGCCAACAAUUGCAACACAAAAUGCAAGGAUUACUAAGGCAACUUCUCUUUAUAAAAUGGACAGAGCAACACAUGAGGUCGGGCCCACGCCUUGUGAGAUGUGGAAUAUUGUGAGUUGUUGUAUGCUAUGA